AUGAGCUGUUUGUCUUAAGCUACCCAGAUAUCUUCCAGUAUCAUCUCCUAAUCUCUUAUAACUGCACUUGAUGUUAACUCUUCUCUGACAAUGUCAGAGAAUUUCCAAAACCCAUCUAUACUUGGAACUACAAAUUCUCUCCAGCUUUCACCUCCUGUGGUGAGCAAUGACACUUCCCUAACAGGAAGCAACUGCAACUUCUCCAGAGUCUCUGGUCCACCUGUCACAUCAGCAUGGCUACUGCCAUCAGCCUCUGACACUUUCCAGCCACUCAUGAAUAAUGCCUACCUAUUCCAACAUUCUAGCACAACCAUGUUGUCUGAAGUUACUGACCAGAGCCAGACCUCUACUUCAGCUGCCCCCUAUCCAGGUAUUUUUGAGUGGGAUGUCACAGGAAGCACUAAAAAGAAGUUACCUUCAGUUGAGGACUUUACUGUGACACUCAUUGACCAGGACACAGCAAUUUCUUCUAUGACUGUGACAACUCAUUAUGACAAAACUCUAGAUGCAAAUACGGUGGUCCCCCUGAAUCCAUCAUUGUCUGCCAACUUUGUUCAAGGGACACCAUCUCAGACUCCAAAUCAAGGACAUAGCCUGUCACUUCCCUACCAGGAAGGAAGCCAGGUCUUUUACUAUAAUCAAAACACAUUGGAACCUGUGUUAUCUGGAGAACUUGGCCCCUGCUUGCAAUCCUAUGACUCUGUUUCAUACACAGGGAGUAGGGCCUCUGCCCCACAACCAGAAAUAGUGAUGGUGUUAAAGGAGGUUCAGCCUACAAACAUCCUGACACCAAUUUCCACCUCUGGAAUCUACUACUCUGUGGCUUGUCAUCCCAACACAGAAAUGAGUUUUCAAGUGAUGGAAACUUCCAUGGAGAUGGAGACUUCCCAAGGUUUGCAACCUCCAAGCAAGACAUUUUGUCUUUCACAAACUCCAGAAUUCCUCACAUCCUGCAGCAGCAUAAAUGCUCAGAUACUUGAGAAUGACCCACCUCUUGAUCCUGGAAACACUACAAUAGCUCCAGUCCGAAGUUCUACCAAUAUCUUGGCUUUGCCACCAGCUCCAAAUCAGGGACAAACAGAAAAUGGGAAUUUGUGUGAAAUUAAAACCAAACUUUCAAAGCCUCUGGAUGCCUACCAGAUCCCAGUAGAAAGUCAAGAUCCUCUGUUAUUCCCUUUAGAAAUCCCUGACACUCACCAGCUUCUGACCUGCAUCAAUCCUUUGGGGCAAGGGAAGCCUGAUUCUGAAAAUGUUAAUUUAGUAAAGAAUACCCUAAGUCUUGACGGCCAAGGGACACUUGAAAAUGGGAUCAUGUUUAGCAAUGGUUUUGCAGAUAUUGCUGCACUGGUGGAAGAUAAUCACCUUCCACCCAUUUUCCACUCUUUAACAGAUCUUGACCAAUCCAAAGUUCCCACAGCCAUCAAAGCCAAAGACAUGAGAGUCAUUGAGGUGAAUCAGGUGCAGAAAAAGUCAAGUGUCAGAAAGGGUCCCACUGACCAAAUCAGAAAGAAGAAAGAUAAAGCCUCUGAGCCUAUUGAUGGAGCUCCUAAGGCCAAACUUCAGCGCCAGAACCCACAGUGCCUGCUGGAGGGAGAAGUGGUUGUGUGCAGUGCUGCAUCCAGUGACAGGCCUCUUGUGAACACAACCAAGCAUUCUACUAGCAAACCUCUGAAAGCUGCAUCCAGCAGGACCAGCAAAGCUAAAGGCUAUGGGCAGGAAAAGAUCGAAAUGUCCAGAGAAAACAACAAGAUUGCUGAAGAAAAUAAGCAGACAGGGAACAAGGUGAAGUCAGAGGAGAAAACAAUUCCCAAGAUGAAGUGGAAGAGAAAUCAACCUGAGCUUAGCCAGGAGACCUUUAAAAAGCCUCGAACCUACCUAGGCAUGCACAUGUUGCAGUCAGUGCAGGUUUUUCAUGCACUGGGGAAGAAGAAUGAUAAGAAAAUUGGAUCAUCUUCCUGUCAGCCCCUGGGAAAUUCAAGCACCAGCAAAGGCUCCCAGUUUUCUCCAGUUAUUAAAUCACAGCUGGAUACUCCACAUGAGGGGAAAUGUCCUAAGAAAACUCAAGCCAAAGCCCAGAAACAAGAUAACAGUGCUGCCAAUGAAUAUCCAUCUCCAUCCCAGUAUGAGCUGCCCCUACCUGGGAAGGUCAAGUUGGUACCUUUACCAUUUCCAACUCUGGACAAGCCUCAACCUUGACCUGUUCCUCAGGGGCCACAGUCUCUUAGCUCACAUAAGUCCACUGCAUCUUAUCCUGUUAGGCCUCAUGCUAACUCAGCUCAAUCUAUGGCAGUCAAUGCAUCUCAACCAGCUAGUGCCAAAUCUUUGAUGGGGCCUGCCAAACCAGCUUGGCCAAUUUCAAUCAAUGCAACCUUACCGGCUUUGACCAAGCAUCCCAGACCUUGUGUAUCUCAGUCUGGUGCUGCUGGUCCUGCACUCUACAAAACAUCAUCUUGCACUUCUUUCCUGCGGGACCCUGUUUCCACUACUAUGACCAAGUUCCAGCUACCACCUAAGCUUCAAACCCAAUUUCUACUCCAAGAUUUCAGCUUUCAACCAAUACCAUGGAGGAAGCCCAAUGUUCCUGAGCCAGUAAUGUCAAGCCCCAUCACAAAAGAGCAGCAGCCAGAAUGUGAGGCCAUGAAAAGGAAGGCUCAGCAAGAGCGUGAGCAUGCAGCCAAAUACACUUCUUUGGGAAAAGUGCAGUUUUUCAUUGAGAGGGAAAAAGAAAUGGAAAUUUCUCAAUACUAUGGCUAUGUGAUGUAA